AAAUUUACACCGUCUGCGUUCGCCUUGAAGCUACGUUGUGAUAAAAAUUCUGACAAGUUAGCUAACUAGUUAUCCUGCUAGCUAACAGCCAAGCUAAUGAGCGUUAGCUCAGCUGAAUGCAGGCUUCCCUCCCUGAGAGAAUGUGUGUAAAAACGGAAGUGAUUAACAUGUUUGUCUUCAAACUCCACCGUCCUAAACUUUAUCCCCAGCCAAUAACGUUAAGCCUAAUGUCGUUAAGGCAGCGGACGUUAUUGCGAGAGAUAAAGCAGCUCUCAUUUAGCGAAUUUGAUGUGAGUUAACAUCACUUAAUCUCCUUUUCUCCAACGACACUAGCAGUUAAAGCUAGCAAAAUCUUUAUUCAAACAACGAAGAUUAGCUUCCUAAACGCAUCGAACCAACUUUCACUCGAGCCUCUUGUCUGUUUUCUUUAAACCUCUGUUUCUUUUUCUCCGAGCUUCAGUUUUAUCAAGAUCUCUUUUUAUCGAACUGUUGAGAUGUUGCUCCUGAUUAAGUGAAUCUCAUUGUGGACCAAUUCAGGGAGUUGGUGAGUGUAGUUUCACCAUGUCAAAUGGAAACAAUGAAGAUGAUGUUAUUCUGCUGGCGAGCUUCAACGUCCACCGUAGUCAAGGCCCUCGUCGCUCUCAGAGGGAGCUCAUCACCAUUUCAGAUGACUCAGAUGAGGAACCUGUAGCUUUGUUCCCUGGAAGUCCGGUUCUAGUCCCGGAUGAUGCCGAUGAUGAUGACGUCAGCAUCCUGGAGCCUCCAGCCCAUGCACGUAGAUCUGUAAUCCGCCAAGCAGCCCUAUGGAGUGGGAUCCUGCACAACUCCGGACAGGUUGGAGGUCAAAGUAGCGCCGCCUCUGUCAUUCCCACAGGGGAUCCUGGCUCUGCUCCCUCCACCUCCAGGGAUGCCAGGACUUCCCAACCAGCCACACACACUCAGACCACAGAGCAGCACAGCACAUCCAGACACUCGCUGCCGAAGCCGGCUCCAUCCUCGUCCUCGUCGUCAUCACCACAAAACCAGUCUCAGCCAAAGCAUCAGACACACAGUCAGCUCCAGGAAGGCGUGUCAGCACGCACAAAUGUGGAGCUCAGCGCCAUUCCGUCUACCUCCACAAACGCCAAGGCUACUGCCACUUCAUCCAAGUCACUUUCCCAGUCACAGCCCAGUACGUCUGCUCUGUCCCAGACACCUGCGGGCUCCUCAUCACAUGAUUCUCAGACGAGUGCCUCCUCCAGCUGCGCGCGCAUCACAGCCGCAUCCUCCUGUUCAUCUGCAAAGACUCAAGAAAUGGCGAGUACGAGUAGAGGAAAGCCAGACGACGCUCAGGCCAGCACUUCGUCCGCACACGCUCAGUCUCAUCCCGGUACUUCCAGCAGCAGCGUACCCGUGCAGCCCCGUGCCAACCCGGUGAAGGAUGUGCUCGUUCUUCCUCAGCAGCCAAGCAUCCGAGCUUUUGCUCUAGUCACACAGAAUCAGCUGCAGAAAAGGUUCCCGAACCCUCCACAGGCCGUGUCGCGCGGUUGUGCACAAGGCAACCUCAUUCAGGUGGAGCCCCGCCCCCUGGCCCAGGCACCGGCCCAGGCACCGGCCCCGGCCCAAACCGCAGCCCAGCCCGCCCAGCCUGCCCAGCCUGCCCAUCACCCCCUGGUCCUAACUGUGGCUCCUGCUGCUGUUCUCAUAGCUGACGCUCCAGAGAGAUUAGGUCCUCCCGAAGCCGGUCACAGGAUCAUCCUGGGGAGUCGGGCAUCUGUGGGGCCAGUUCCCAAUCCUCCACUGCAACCCUUCAACGGGGCUCCGCCUGCCGGCAACCUCUCCUUCAGACUGCCUCGAGGAAGCCCUCCUAGACCCAACAGUCUGGCUCUAAACCCUGAACAGAUCAACCCUGCUCCUGGCCUGGGGGCGGUGCCUCCUGCUCCAGAGGACAUUCCCCAAAUAGAGGAUGCAAGACCUGGACCGUCGGCACCCCAGGAGAGACGGGAUGAGCCGUCUCUAGUCCGAACCCUCAUCACUGGUGUGCUGGAUCUGUUCCCAGAUAUUCAGGAAGUCUACGUAGCCGAACUGAUCCGAAAAAACAACGUGAAAGACUUGAAUGUGAUCUGUAACCUGCUGCUGGAGAAUCCAGACUUUCCGAGGAGGGAGACGGCCUCAGCCUCAGCAGCAGCCUCCAGCAUCCUCCUGGAGUCCGGAGAAACCCAGACAGAGGUGACCGAGGACUUGUUCGACUACUCCAGGCUGGCCACGACGGGCCCUGAAGUUGUGAUGCAGGCGGCCGACUUGCUCAUGGCCGAUUUCAGGAUGCUCAGCAGUCAGGACAUCAAAUGGACGCUAAACGCCCUGAAGGGACACUAUGCAAUCACACGAAAGGCCUUAUGUGAAGCUCUGAAGAAGUGGCAGAAAUCAGGCGACCCGUCAGGAAAACGGCGGCGAAGCAGAACCUCCUCAGAGCGCUGCUACAUCGAUUUCCAUUUUGAGCACGGCUCGUUGAAGCUGGACCGGAGGAUGUACUUCUUAGAAAACGACCGCCGUUACUGCAGGAUGUACAACAACCUAGAAACGUCUGUGCAGAAGGAGCUGACCUUUUAUCAGCAGAAGGCCAAGGAGUGGGCAGAGCACGAGGACUUCCUCCUCGCUCUGCAGGUCAAUGAGGAUGAAUAUAAGAAGGACGGUCAGCUGAUCGAGUGCGGCUGCUGCUACGGGGAGUUUGCGUUUGAGAAGAUGACUCAGUGUUCAGACGGACACCUGUUCUGUAAAGAGUGCCUGGUGAAAUAUGCUCAGGAGGCCGUGUUCGGCUCCGGGAAGUCGGAGCUGAGCUGCAUGGAAGGGGGCUGCCCCUGCUCCUACCCCAUGUGUGAGCUGGAGAAGGUCCUGCCUGAGAACAUUCUGUGUAAAUACAACGAGAGGCAGGCGGAGGAGGCGGUGGCCGCCACCUGCGCCGAUGAGCUGGUCAGGUGUCCUUUCUGUAACUUCCCAGCGUUGCUGGACGAAGGAAUGUCUUUGUUCAGCUGUCCCAACCCGCGGUGCCGCAAGGAGAGCUGCAGGAAGUGUCACGUCCAGUGGAAGCUGCAUGUGGGGAAGACGUGUGAGCAGGUCCUGGAGAGGGACGAGAUCCGAAUGAGAGUGCUUUUCGAGGAGCGCAUGACGGCGGCUCGGGUCAGGAAGUGUGUGAAGUGCUCGACGGGCCUGGUGAAGUCCGAGGGCUGCAACCGCAUGUCGUGUCGCUGCGGGAGCUUCAUGUGCUACCUGUGCCGAGAGCCCAUCACCGGCUACAACCACUUCUGCCAGCACGCCCGCUCCCCCGGCGCUCCGUGCCGCCACUGCCGCAAGUGUUCGCUCUGGACCGACCCAACGCAAGACGAUGAGCGAAUCAUUCAGGAGAUCCAGAGGGAAGGAGAGGCGGAGCUGAGCAAAAAGUGCACCGAUAAUUCAGGGAAGAGGGUCGGUCCUCCCCCGGAGGCCAACGCCGACACCAAGCGGCCGCGUGUUGGUCCACCUCCUGAAAACCCCCCCAAUCCAAACCCCCCAGUCCAUCCUCCUCCACUGCCCCCCCAAGCGGUACAAGCCCCACUGUUUGUCCCUCCCCGCCCUCGCUACCCUCAGGCUCCCCCCCAGGGGCGGAUUUACCACCAGAUCAUCCUCCCCCCCCUUGCUCCUGCGCCGUACGUCCUCCCCCCACAGCUGCCCCCCAUGAACAAUAAUAACAACAACCAGCACCCUCCUUUCAACCCUCCCCGUCAGAACAUGGACCUGCCCAUGCACUAUGGACCCCCCCCACACUAUUACAGACGCUUCUGACACGCCGCCGCUUCAGCUGCCACUGAAAUGGCGCCACCUUCAGGCUGUCCCUCCCCCCUUUCUCACCCGUCUCCUGUUUUUUUAACUCGGAGAUGAAAAGUCCACCCAGUUCUGUCUGGACAGAUAUUUUUGAAUAAAAGUGCGAAAUUAAAAAGUUAAAA